AUGGUGGGUCUAGCCCAGACCCUCGUUUCUCAAGCCCAGAACACCCCUUGUGACUUCCUCCAGCUCCACAACGCGGCCCGCAGAGAGGUCGGGGUUGGACCCCUCAAGUGGGACCGCACCCUGGAGGCCUACGCUAAAGACUACGCCAAGCAGAGAUCAGGUGACUGCGAGCUCGUCCACUCCGGAGGACUCUACGGCGAGAACAUCCACUGGGGAUACGGUGGAGGUUAUACAGACGUAAAGGCCGCCAUGAAGUUCUGGCUUGACGAGAAGCAGUUUUAUGAUUACGAGAGCAAUAGUCGCAUGUUUGGGAAGGAGUGUUUGCAUUAUACACAGAUUGUGUGCAGGAAUUCGAAGCGCCUCGGCUGCGCCAGCGCAGCCUGCCCAGACGAGAGGGUGUUCUUCACCUGUAACUACGAUCCUCCCGGGAAUUUCCAUGGAGAAUGCACUUCUGGUUUUGGGUUUAGCUACAAAGUACACCGAAAUAAAUAACUUUUAUAAAAAAUGAAAUAAUUUUCUCCAUGUAUCAAACUAAAAAGGAGCAUGCAAAUUUGGAUGGAAUUAUCGAUGGCAUGAGGGCAUUGAUUGCUUAAAAAAAGGCACGUUGAUGCAUGCUUUUGAAUG